UUUAAAAUUUUACAUUGACACUAGAAGAAGUAAACACAAAGCGGUUAAAUUUUGAAGAAAAAUUAAGUUUUUGAAGCAUUUUACUGCGUGGAAUUUAUUGUAACAAAUAAUAUUAAAGAAAGCAAUACACAUAUCUGUAGAGGAAAGGAUGAGUCAAAAUGAUCGAGAAUGCUAAGAACUAAGAAAUUACAAGAACACUAUUGCUGCAACUGCUCUAUAAAAGAGAGGAUAGCAAUGGAGUAAAUGCAGAAACAUUUAGGAGAUUCACUUUUGAGAAGCUGGUAAUCUUGAACAAUUAUUAACAUUCUUAAUAGUUAACUCUAUAUUAAGUUUAAGAUAAAAAAUAAAUAAAAAAAUAUUUAAAAAAAAACGUGAAUAGGAUCAGUGUGAAUAAACAUUUCAAUAAUUAUAAUCCGGAAUAUGAUUCAUCCGGAGAUUGAGAAGAUAGAUAAUCAAGUCCAAACAUCGCUUGAAGACAUCAGUCCUGAAACACGUGCACAAUUUGAAGAGGAAUUACAUAAACUACGAGAGGACAAAUCUUUGUUGGAAGGAAAAAUUCGAGGAUAUUUAACUCUUAGUGACAUUUGCCGUGAAUAUAAGGAGGAACUUUCGAAACUUAGACAGGACUACAAUAGACUACAAGAGAGAGUCAACGCAGAAAACAGUUUUAAUAGGAUGACCAGCCAGCUUUCCAAAAAUGAAUCCCCUACACCAGAUAACGACCUUGGAACAGUCAAAGGACACGAGCAUGAACAGCGUACACAAACUCACGACCCUAACUUUCAUUAUCAUCAGCCUCAAUCACCUCAUUCACGUUCAAUAAACAAUUUCGAAUCAGUUGCCUCAAAUAUACUAAAAGGGAAUGAAGUACCAGUUCGUACAAAAGAUCUUUUCGACCUGGUUGAAGAUCCACCAAAAUCUAGCGAGGGGACCAAAUCUAUGCCGCACAGUUUGGAAUCUGCGUCACAUUACCAAGAUAAAUAUCCAAUGCAGGAAAGCAUGGCUGCAGAAUCUAGUAGCAAAUCAAUUACAGGUCUCGGGUUCGAGCAUGUACCAUCAGAUGAUAUGGCCCUAGGUCAGUCAGCAGGGAAUAAAGGAUUCCGACAACCUGGAGAUCUUAUGAAUUUCAGUGUCACGCAAUCUAAGAGUCAACAUGCCGUUGAUGACCAAGAGCUUGAAAAUAUUCUUAAAUCCGUUCAACUGGACAGCCGUGAAAAUGUCGACCUCAAGAAAGUGGUUACGACCAUUAAAUCAUAUGCAAACUCAAACAGUGAGAAACUGCAGAAAUCAAAUGCCAUUCUCGUUGAUAUGAACAAGAAGAAUCAAAUAAAGAUGAAAAACCUUGAAGAUGAAAUAAAGCGGCUGAAGAAGGUUAUUCAAGAAUUUGAACAAGCGGUUUCAAGGUCAAUGACCCCAAAGGACAGCUCAAAUACUGGAGGAUGGGUUCAUGUUCAGAAGCAGUCAGAGAGUGAAGCAGUUACCAAGACUACAGAGUUCAAACAAAGGUCAACUUCUGACAAUGAAGAAAUUGAAACUCUGAGGCAGAAAAACCACCAGUUAACUGAAGCCAAUCAAAGAUGGAGUAAUGAAUGGAAUAAGCUGGUCGCACAUUAUGACAGCCGGAUUAAUGAUCUGCAGACGGAGAGGGAUAGACUGGCAAAGGAAAUGACGGAGAACAAGAUCUCUGAAGAAGCCAAAUUAAGGGACUUUGAAAAAAUGCUCAUGAAUUCAAAGAAAAAGGCUUCUGAAGAAGAGAUGGCCAAGGAAGAGGCAUUUCUCCAAGUUACGUCUGCCAACAACCGAGCAGACGCACUUCAGUUGCAGUUACAAGAGAGUGAGGACACUAAUACUGCAUUACGAAGGGAAAAACAAGUUCUUGAAACAGAACUUAGUGUCAUGAGGCAACGGCCAGUAACUUCUUCAGGAAGAGCUCAACAAGGACCCAGAAACGGACGAAGUCAGAUGGACCUGGAUACAGAAAACGACGUACUGCGCCAGCAACUUCUCGUUUUCCAGGAAGACUUUGACCGGGAACGGCAGGAUAGAGCCAAGGCCCAGUCUCUUAAAGACGAGUACAAGAAACAAAAUGAGCAGUACAAAAAACGGGUCCGUCAUCUUGAACAGAAAGUUCAAAACUUAGACCGACAGGUAAAAAUGACUGAAGAUUCAAGCAAGAAAUACCAAGAAGAGAAAAUUGCUUUACAACAAGAAAAUUCCAACUUAAAACUACAGCUUCAGAGAGAACAAGAAAAAUUACGUAACUACAUUCCAAGCCAAAUGGCUUAUCAGCAACCACUGGUCCAGUCUGCUGGUUUACAGCCCCAGAGGCAAGUUAUUUUUGGACAACAAGUGCCGCAGCCCCGUCAACAACAGUACCAUAUACCACCAACAUAUGACCAACAGCGAGUUCCACAACUCCAAGUUGGAUACAAUGUACAAGCGCCUGGUUCCCAGUACAGUCCUUCUCCACAAGGUGUGUAUAGCCCACCGGCACCAUACUACCAGGCUAAUCAAGCUGGGAGACAGACAGAAUAUAAACCAGGCUCAUGGGCAUGUGACCAGUGCACUUACACCAAUUAUCCUGGGAGAACUGUAUGUGAACUCUGCGGAUAUAUCAGAAGCCCUUCAGCAACUCAACAGAACAAUUUCGCUUUUAGACCAACAGGAAAUGAAACUUUACAUGCCCGCGGUGACCCUCAACAACAACAACAACAACAUCAACAGCAACAGCAGCCACCAUAUGGCUAUGGUGGUUCAUCAGCCCAGCGGGAUGUUACUACUGACAAUAUGAAUUACAUGCAGUGAAAAAAUGUCCAGAUUAUACAAUGUCAACUGAAUCCUACAUCAGUCUUCAAGAGACACCGUGCAUCCCUUCGGAAGCCAAGUGAAUAGAUAAUCCUAAAAAGAACUUGCAGAUGUGAAAAUAAAAUCAAUAACAUUUUGCAGAGAAUUUUCUACAUUAAAAAAAUGGAGAAAUAUUUAAAGAUACUACAAAUGUUUCCAUGGUGAAAUGACGAACAUUUCAAAAUAUUAUAAGUAUCUAUUUACUUGGCUUCAAAACAUUAUCUUUUCGAUGGAGGAAGAUUAACAAAAAAAUCUCCAGUGAAACUUUCUGAGGAGGUUAAAUCGUUUUUCUUUCUCUUUGUUGUGGAGAGUAAAAGGUGGCAAGUGGAGUACAAUAAACACCGGAGGAGUAAAUGCUAUUUCGGUGCAUUUUCCAAUGGUAUGCAAAUAUGGAUGGUGAAAAGGCCACAUGGUGUGGAAGAUGAAAACACCAAGAGGGGAAGUUGUGAGGGUUGGAUGCAGUGGUUAAGACUUCCAAGAGGAUUCUUUUAGAAAAAAAAUAUAUGUACAUUUUAUAAUCAUAAAUGUCCAUUUAUCAUAGGAUUUUGUUUUGAUUGUAUGUGUGUUGAUUACACUUUAUCAUACUUUGUUUCAAUUUUAGAAAAUUUAAAUUUUGUGAUAAUUUCAGUAGAAAAGUAUACUGUUAUUUUUUGUUUUUACAUUAUUCUUUGACAUACCAAUUGUAAAGGAUUAAGGUUAUAUUUAUGAAAGUAUAAAUAUAUCUAUUAUCUGGUAUAUCUAUUGCCAUUAACUAAAAGAGGACAAUAAUUCGUCUUCUAGAUAUUAUGUAAUGAUUUUUUUUUCCAGUAUUUAUUUUUAUUUAACUUAUUGUUCAAUAUAAUGUUUCAGACCUAUUGAAACACAAGUAUUUUUUUCUAAACUAUGUUUAUGUUUUGUUGAAAAACAGAUGAUUUAUUUUGAAACAUAGAGAUGUUUUGUUGAAACACAGAUUUAUUUUGAAACAUAGAGGUUUUUUGUUAAAACACAUACUUUAUUUCAUAAUGUUUUUCUGUUGAAACACAGAUAAAUUUUUGUUUGAAACAUAGUGAUGGUCUUUUGAAACAAAGUGAUGGUCUUUUGAAACAUAGUGAUGUUUGAUGUUUUGUUGAAACUGAGAUUUCUUUUGAAACAUAGUGAUGUUCUGUUGAAACAAAGCUUUCUUUUGAAACAUAGUGAUGUUCUGUUGAAACAAAGCUUUCUUUUGAAACAUAGUGAUGUUCUGUUGAAACAAAGCUUUCUUUUGAAACAUAGUAAUGUUCUGUUGAAACAAAGCUUUCUUUUGAAACACAUUGAUGUUCUUUUGAAACAAAGCUUUCUUUUGUAAGAUUGUGAUGUUCUGUUGUAACAUGGAGAUAUAUCAUUUACCUGAGAUGUAUUACAUGUUUACAUAAUUCAUGCAUAUUUGAACUAUAGAUUAGGACUGAGACAAGGAGCUUUUUCUACCCAAGUGUCAUGUUCCCUUUGGUAAGAGAUCAACGGCUAAAGAUAAAAUCUAAAAGAGAACAAAAUUUUAACAUAAUUAUAAUAAUAAAAAGAAAAUGAGUCAUUCUUACAUUUACCUUUUGAAGUUCAAAGUAGCAAAAUUAUUUUGUUGCUUUUAUUCAUUUCAUAGACAAUUUUUUUGUACAUAAAAGUUUGAUGUACAAAAAAAAUGGCAUAUAUUUAUCAGAAUAAAUUGGUAUUUGGUAAAAUUUAUUUUUAAUAAGAUGAUAUUUUCUUAACCUAGCACUUCAGGGUAGUCAAGUGCUUGUCCCAGCCCUAGAAUAGGCACAACUUAAAGUGUUGUGUCACAUGGUCUGAUAUGACAAAUUUGCCGUAACGGUUAAAAUUUGCCGUAGUGACUACAAACUGGAGGUAUUUCUCCCAGUUGUCUUUGGUCUAUAGGGAAAUUCCCAAGUUGAGUCUGCCAAGAUGUAUAACUAUUAUGAUAUCAGUUGAUAUGUAACUAUUGUAUUUGCAGUUGAUAUAUAACUAUUGUUUACAGUAUGACUUUUGAUUAUAGUUAAAGCCCAUAUGAGGAUAGUUUAUGAGAUGCAGCUUUACAGUGAAGAUUUUAUGGAUAAACUUUAAGCACAGUCUUUUAUGUAUGGGAAACAGACUUUAUGCUCAGAGUUAACAUAUAUAUGAACAUACUUUAAGGACAAUGGUUUUACUUAUAUGAAAACAAACAUUAAGGACAGUGAUAAACUUUUUAAGGACAGUGUUAAAUAAGGACGAACUUUAAAUUUAUGUUCAUAAUAUGAUGAUAUUGAGUCGGUGCCCUAUAUCUUAGUGUGAUAUGCAACAUAGAUGUGACUAAUUAUUGAAUUGAUGCAGAUAACAAUCGUGGAUUCUUCGUUCCAUAUCAUAGGAUCUGCAACAGAAUCACACUAAGCCCCUGAACAAUAAACAUAUACUAAAUAAAGUACAUGUUAAUUACGAAAUCAGCACAAACUCUUCAGUGAUAUAGAGGAUGGAAUUGGGAAAAUUCAAAAGGGAAUGAAUAGUUGAGAAAUAUAUGAGGCAAAUCUUGAUUCUAUUAUUAUUCAUCAUUAACUUCUUUUUCAGGGUUCGUAGAUUGUGACGUGAAAAAAAUGCCGUUGUCUGGUGUAGUGGGAUUCGUUUAAAAUAUAAAUAAAAAAAAAUGUAUUUUGUAAUAAAUUGUAUAAACAUUAUUAUGUGAAAAAUGGAGAGAGAAAAAUAAGCAAAAAAAAUCAGUCAUCAAGUAUUUAGUAUUUUACCAUCUAUAUAAUUCUUUGUAUAAAUUUUGUUAUAAUUUUGUAACUUAAAAUCAAUGUUGAAUUCUGUUUGAAUGGAAGGAAAAUUCAACAUCUUGAUGAAAGUAAAAACUAUGAAACUUUUUAUCAAAUAACGUUUUUGUGGAGGAAUAAGAUCACUUUUUCCUGUGUUCCCCAACCAUAUUGUGAAGACAGGCAUAAUCCCAUGUAAACCAAAGGGAAAUAUUUUUUAUAGUGAAUAUGGGUGGAACUUUUGCAUUAAAAGAAAAAUAAAAAAACAGCAAACAAAAUGCAAUGGGAAGGUAAAGGAGUUUUAGCAAUCUAAAAGUAAAGACCAGUUUUGUUAGUUUAGAGAAUUAUUUUACUUAGUAACAUGGCAUAAUAACAUUAGUUUUUGCAAAAUGAUUAAUGACUGGCAGGAAAAAAAUAUUUGGAAAAAACAAAUUGUUUUAAUGUAUACAGAAACUUUAAUUGUUGUUUGAAAUCUUAACACUUUCUGACUCAAAAAUCAAGAAUUUUAUAGAUUAUAUAUUUUUUUUUAUUUCUUUAAAUAUUUAUUCACAAUUUAAUCUUACUAUGAACCAUAAAACUAUUUUCAAGCUCUGACCUAGGCUGCAAUGUGAAAGGCCUUACAAAAAGGACAACCAGUAUAUUGUACUUCUUUUUAUAAAGAUAUUUUCUAUGGACAUGCAACUUCAAUUAAUAAACUGAGUAAAGUGAUAAAUCAGAUUUCAAGCUAAGAAACUGUCAUGUUUAUGUAUUGUCCGGAGAGCUCUUUUCAGAACAGAGCUUCAUGUGUUACGAAAAAAGCGUUUCUUACCUAAAACUUAUUUUAUAAGUUUAUUUGACUCUGACAUGAAACAUAAACCCUAUGUGUAUUUAUCAACUUUAUAAACAACUCUAACAUGGACGUUAUUUCUCGUGCGUCUACAUCACUGUAAUUCUAUACCUUUGACUGCAUAUGUCCGGCAUACACAGAUAAUGGUUUUGGAUCACAGAGUAUCAACACUCACUUUAUUUUUCCCUACCUUUGACAAAUGCAAAUUAUUAAUUACAUUUUUAUUUGCACUUAAUGUUUUAACUUUUUUUUCUCCCGCUAAAACACUCACUUUUAAAAACUGAGUGUUAAACACUCAUUUUUAAAAACUGAGUGUUUUCUUGGUAGGAGAUCAAGUUAAACCAUCAUCUAUCUGUUUAGUGCUUAACUUUAUCUCCAACUAAAACACUUGCUUCCGUACUUGUCAGUGUUUUAGCACCAACUAAAAUGCUGGCUUUCUUAUAGCAAGUGUUUUAGUUGGAGAUAAAGUUAAAAACUCAUCUAUUAAAUGUAUAAAUUGCCAAUUAUUUAGUUUUUAACUUUAUCUCCAACUAAAACAAUUGCUUCCGUACUUGUCAGUGUUUUAGCACCAACUAAAAUGCUGGCUUUCUUAUAGCAAGUGUUUUAGUUGGAGAUAAAGUUAAAAACUCAUCUAUUGAAUGUAUAAAUUGCCAAUUAUUUAGUUUUUAACUUUAGCUCCAACUAAAUACUUGCUACUGUACUAUCAGUGUUUUAGCACCAACUAAAAUGCUGACUUCCUUGCAGCAAGUGUUUUAGUUGGAGAUAAAGUUAAAAACUCAUCUAUAAAAUGUAUAAAUUGCCAAUUAUUAAGUUUUUAACUUUAUCUCCAACUAAAACAAUUGCUUUCGUACUGUCAGUGUUUUAGCACCAACUAAAAUGCUGACUUUCUUACAGCAAGUGUUUUAGUUGGAGAUAAAGUUAAAAACUCAUCUAUUAAAUGUGUAAAUUGCCAACUAUUUAAUACUUAACUUUAUCUCCAACUAAAACACUUGCUACUGUACUAUCAGUGUUUUAGCACCAACUAAAAUGCUGACUUUCUUACAGCAAGUGUUUUAGUUGGAGAUAAAGUUAAAAACUCGUCUAUUAAAUGUAUAAAUUGCCAAUUAUUUAGUUUUUAACUUUAUCUGCAACUGAAACACUGACUUUGCUACAGUGAGUGUUUUAGUUGGAGAUAAAGUCAAUUAUCUCCAACUUAAACACUCACUUUCAUACUUAGAUUGUUUUAGCUCAAACUAUAACACUUAUUUCGUACAGCAAGUGUCUUAGUUUGAGAUAAAGUUAAAAUGGUCAUCAGAUUUGCAUUUUAUGUUUAUCUGUUACUAAAAAUAACAUUCUUAAGGAAAGUUACAGUUUUAGUUAUGGAUUAAAACACUCAUCCGCCUAGUGUUUAACUUUGAUCUCCUCCAAGAAAUACUCACUGAAGUAAGUAUUUUUUGGUGGAGAUCCAAGUUAAACACUGAGUGUUUUAAUCCAUAUCUAAAAGUGUCAGUGCACAUAGGUCAUGUGUUUCGGGAUGUUGUCAGAUAAAACUUGAAAAUAAUUAAUUAACCCCUUCCCUCCAUAAAAAACAAAACAAAACCAAAUGUAAGAAACUUUUUUUUCCAACUACAUGAACAUGUUCUGUUUGGAGUAAUCCGGAAAAUUUGAUGUGACAGUUUUCUUUUCAUGAGUUUUAUUGGCUUUAGUGUCAUGGUGGAAUUUUGAGUAUUUAAAUAUGAUUUUUUUUUAAAUGAUUUUGAAUAGCAUAAUUAAUGCCUUUCCAUUGCAGCCUACUUUUUUUUUCUUUUUUUUUUUUCGUCAAAGAUACAAAUUGUUUUCUAGAAGCAAAGAUUUUCAUUAAGAAAAGGAAUCAAGAUUUAUUAUAUUGACACUAAAGGGACAACAAUUUUCAGAUUUUUAUUAAUUUUUCCUGUGUAUUUUUUGUGGGGUAUACAGUAGAGCUCUAUAUUGAGCAUGAGUUUUUGAAUUUUUUGUGAAGACAGUAUAGAUAUAAUAUCUACAUCAAAGUUGCUGUAAUUAUAUAUAAUUUAUAUUAUAUGUAAUUAAUAUCCUUUUGAAAUUUUUUCAUAUCAUAAUUUUGAUAUAGGUAACAUUUUAACUAAGUUUCAUGUAAAGUAUUCGGAUACUUAAAGCGGUACAUUUUGAUCAUAUCUGGGUUAUACAAUGUUUAUGAGGAAAAACCCCGAUCACCUGAUCACUGUAAAAUGACUUAUUGAUCAAAUAGUCACUAAACACUGAACUGCAUUCAAUACUUUUAGCACAAACAGCAUGUAAAAUAGCAUCAUUGAUAUAGGAGGGCCACUCAAAAACUCUUUUGAGGACAUUUUAAAACCAAAACAGUUUUUGCUUUUUUAAAGGGGACUUUACCCCAAAGAUGGGGAAACUCUAGGAAAGAGAUAUAUACAUGAUGGUAAAUUUUUGUGAGAUACUUCAAGCAAACGGGAGGGGAUUAUUUGGAGGUUUGAGGUUUCACAGAACGGUUAUUUUACCAUGCCCAAUGACUAUAUAUUUUCUAUAGGAUAAAAAAAAAGAUUUUCAAAGCAGACAACAUAAUUAUUUUAGUAAGUGAAUUUACUGAACUUUAAAAAUGUUUGAAGGGAUUUGGAUAUCUAUAUUUUUACGAUUAUGAGAUAAUCUUCAAAAGGGAUAUAUCUAUAAGUGAUUUUAUUUAGACAAGGAAUUGAAAAGGUUUUGAUUUGAAUAUUGUUUGAAAAUGUUUUAACAAGUUACACGAUGUUGUUGACGGUUUAAAUUAUUGAUUCUUUUUUUUUGAAAUUAUAAAUUUAAUUAUUUACAAAGGUGAAAAGUUUCAUGUUUUUUAAUCGUUUAUUUUAAUUUCAUAUAUUUGAAUAACUUUAUAAGAAUAAGUGUUAAGUUCUCUCGUUGAAAUAGGUUACAUAACUUCAUGUAACAUGUUUUUUGUAUAGUUUUUUUUCCAUUUGUAACUACAUGUAUAUAGUAAGGAAUUAUUAACUCGCAACUUUGACAAUUACCAGUACCAGUGAUAAUUUAUGUUAUAUUGUAAGAAUUUUGUGGAAAUUCAUGGUAGUAAUUACCUCAUGACAAUCUGUGUAUUUUAGUUAUUAAGAAACAUGUAUAAUUAGUGUUUAGAAUGAUAAAUUCUUUUAAUCAGUACUACUUGCUCCAAAAUUCUUUAAAAACUGUUUGAUGUAUAAUAUAUUAUUGGAAUAAUACGGAUGCGCUUGUUGUAUUAAAAUAUAAAAAAUGAACAACACUUUUAUAGUUAAAUUCUUCUUAUGGAACCAUAUAUCAGUGUUAUUCCAUCGGAAUAGCAAUAUCAAUAAAACGACUUAUUUUAAGAAUCAGACUCUCCGGUCUAUAUGUCAUCGUUAAAUGCACAGAAUUGAAGGUAAAGUUUUAUUUGUCAAAGUUGUGACUAAUUAGUGGGGACGGAUUUUAUAGCCACUAUGCUUUGUCUUUUUCAUUGUCAUAUAUAUAGUGUUAAACAGUUUUGCAGUGUUUUAAUAUUGCUUUACUUUCUGCUAAUUUAUGCUAAACGGAUUCAUUAAAAAUACGAAUUAAUCCUAAUUUUGAAAAAGACAUCAUUUCAAUUUAACUUUUUCUUCUCAAUUAAAUAUCUUUUUCCAAUUAAACAUAUUUUUCCCCAAUUAAAGAUUGUUGUUUUUCCAAUUAAACAUCUUUUCUCCCAAUUAAUCAUUGUUGUUUUUCUAAUUUAACACUUUUUUCAAAUAAACGUCGUUUUUUUCCGUUGUACAUAUAAUACAAUACAAUAAAAAAGACAGUUAACGAUAAUAUUAUUAUUUUAAUCAUUUUAUUUGAUUUCUUUUUUUUUUUUCAGAAAAAUUAACAUUUACAAACAUCUUAUUGUUUUAUUUUAAUGUUACAAUCUGUAACAUAAAUGAAGUUAUGUACAUUAGCACUAUCGAUAAAAAUAUACAUGUAUACACAUCUUGUCACAUCUCUCUACUUGAAAUAAAGGUUUAUGUUACAAUU